UUUUUACUGGUCAUUGUCCAACAUACGUCAGAAAGGAACACUCUCGGGCGUAUCGCAGCCUCACAAAGACGUAGAAAGUAAUUAAUUUCAGUCGUUACUUACCCUUGCAUCCGUCCGCUUUGCUACGAUUAUAAAUAAAAUCGCAUCAGAUCUGUAGCCAGUUAUAAAACGGAUUUGUUGUUACCACAUCACGCGCAAACGCCAAAGAAAAAGUGAAGAUAAUUUUAAAACAAAAGAAAGUAGUUUCUGAACGUGAGUGAGACCAAUUUUGUGUUUUAAUCCAAAAAUUUCAAUGGCGGAACAAUACUCAGAUGAUGAAGAAACUUUGGACGUACGCACUCUGCCACUAAGACCGCCGCGACCUCUCCUGCCGCCGGAGAAGGCAGUGCGCCGCGCGUGGCAUCCUGUCAUGUGGGAUGACCAUAAAGAUACUGCGCAAAAGAACGACGAACCUGAACAGUCAGUUCAGUCGCAGCACGGCUCCCGCGAGUAUCCGCACACACAACGAAUACAGAACUUGCGGAGAUUGAUAGCCGAAGGCAAGGUCAAGCCGGAAUCGGAAACACUUAUAUUUUUCCUUUGUAAUAAAUUUGCAGUUUCCGAUGAUAGACGGAAGAAAUUUGAAUAAUCCAUCACGUGUAACCUUGCAAUUCAAUUGCCGAAACAUGUAUUGGAACAUAUUGUCCUUUCUUAUCAAACAGAAUGAGAAGGGUGAUGAUAUGUUAUUAUACUAGUGUCGCCACAAUGGAAAUUCAGUUAGGAAAGCCUUUAGACCAUACUAACGAAAUAACAAAAAGGCAAUUACUAUCCACAACAAUGAUAUUUAUAAUUUGUGUAUAUUUUUAUAACCAACUAUAGGUGUGUAUUUUUAUAACUAAUAUUUAAUUAAACAUUUUAAA